AUGGCUGGUGGUGCAGAAGGCAAUCCGUCGUACAUGUCAUUGGUAACACCUAAUGAUGUCAAGAAUUAUACAAACGAUGUCGGUCAAAUUCAAUGGGCCCAAGUGCCACUUAAUGCAGCACUUGACAAGCUUAAAUCAUGUCGCGAAGGUCUCACAUCUCAUGAAGCUGAGAAACGUUUAGCUGAAUAUGGUCCCAACAAAUUACCAGAAGAAAAAGUAAACAAGUUGAAGCUUUUUAUGGGAUUUAUGUGGAAUCCUUUGUCCUGGGCCAUGGAAGUAGCUGCUAUUUUAUCAAUUGUAUUGCUGGAUUAUGCUGAUUUUGCAUUGAUUCUCUUCCUAUUGCUGCUAAAUGCAUGCAUUGGAUACUUGGAAGAAGUACAAGCUGGUGAUGCUGUAUCGGCUUUGAUGGGUCAAUUGGCACCGGAGGCAAAAGUGUUUCGUGAUGGAGAGAUUAAAAACAUUCCAGCGGACUUGCUAGUCCCUGGUGAUGUGCUACGUGUACGUCUAGGCGACGUGAUUCCAGCCGAUCUCAAGUUCCUCGAAGGUGAUGCUGUUAAAGUGGAUCAAUCGUCACUGACUGGUGAGUCACUACCCGUGACAAAGAAGGAGGGAGACGAGGGAUACUCUGGUUCUGUGGUGAAACAGGGUGAGAUUGAGGCUGUCGUGACUAGCACGGGUGUGAACACAUUCCUUGGUCGUGCUGCUGAGAAGAUUGCGUCCGCAGACUCUCACGGUCGUCUGCAGAUGGUGCUGACAACUGUAGGCAACUUUUGUAUGGUGUCGAUCGCAUUCUGGUGCGUGGUGGAGCUGCUGGUGCAAAUGGCCGGUCGUUCCUCGCAGAACCCAUGUGUGAUCGUAACGGACGGUUGUCUGGGUGUCGCUAACAUCCUGGUGUUGAUUGUGGGCGGUAUCCCCGUGGCAAUGCCGACUGUACUGUCGGUGACACUUGCCAUCGGUUCGUCGGCUUUGGCCAAGGAGAACGCCAUUGUGACGCGUCUGACGUGUAUCGAAGAGAUGGCUUCGAUGGAGGUGUUGUGCUCGGACAAGACGGGUACACUGACGCUGAACCAGCUUUCUGUGGACAUGGACAACUUGAUCCCGUACAAUAACUUUACGGGGGACGACAUCCUCAAGUACGGCGCUCUGUCUGCUCGUACGGAGAACAAUGAAGCUAUCGACGUAGUGUGCCACAACACAUACCCGGGCCAUGCUACGAUGUGGAACGAGUACACACUGCUGCACUACACGCCGUUUGACCCCACAACGAAGCGUACGAUUGCUAAGCUGAAGGACAAUCGAACUGGCGAGAUCUUCCGUGCCGUGAAGGGUGCCCCGCAGGUGGUGUUGGACAUGGACGUGAACGCGGAUGUUCUUCGCAUGGAGGUUGAAGAGCGCAUCGACGAGUUUGCUUCGCGCGGCUAUCGUGGUCUGGGUGUGGGUAUCUCUCGCUGCGGUGAUGUUCCGGUGGAGGAAUGUGAGUGGCAGAUGAUUGGUCUGUUGCCGCUGUUCGACCCCCCUCGCCACGACACGGCGGACACUGUGAAGAAGGCCAUUGCUCUGGGCAUUGCGGUGAAGAUGGUCACGGGUGACCAGAAAGCCAUUGCUGUGGAGACGUGCCGUCAGUUGGGAAUGCCUACGAACAUUUUGGACACUUCUUUCUUUAACACUGCUCCUCCUCCUGGACUGAACCUGGCGCAGAUGAUCUAUGACACGGACGGUUUCGCUCAGGUGUUCCCUGAGCACAAGUUUGAGAUCGUGAAGCACCUGCAGUCGCUGGACAAGGUUGUGGGCAUGACGGGUGACGGUGUAAAUGACGCUCCGGCUCUGGCACAGGCCGACAUUGGUAUUGCUGUGGAUGAUGCGACGGACGCGGCGCGUGCUGCUGCUGACAUUGUGCUAGUUUCGCCCGGUCUGAGUGUGAUCAUCACGGCCAUUCGCAUGAGUCGUGAGAUUUUCCUGCGCAUGAAGAACUACGCCAUGUACUCUAUCGCCAUGACGGUGCGUAUUGUGUUUACGUUCGGCAUCCUGACGGUAGCGUGGAACUGGUACUUCCCUCCUAUUCUUGUGGUGAUUCUGGCCAUCCUGAACGACGGCACGAUUCUGACGAUCUCGAAGGACAAUGUGGUUGCGUCACCGUACCCGGACUCGUGGAAGCUGAAGGAGAUCUUCAUUUCGUCGAUCACGUUCGGUCUGUGGCUGACGCUGUCGACGGUCGUGCUGUUUGGUGUUGUGAACAACUCGAGUGGUUUUGAGAGAACUGGUGCUGAGAAUUUGUGCGCGAGCUGCAUGAAGGAGGAAUGCCAUGACUUUUUCCAGGAUCAGUACCAGAUGUGUGUGAUGGACAACAACGCGACUGGCUGCGGUGAGAUGACGGGCAGCGUGCCACAGGCCGCUAGUUUGUCGGACGUGGGCAAUUUCCGCGAGAAAGCAGUUAACGCGUACUGGAAACAGUACCAGAAGAAGUAUGACUCGCGCUCGAACUUGUUCGAGGACCUGUCUGACGUGCACCUUAACUCGCUUCCGAACGACGUGAAGCCAUCGGCUGAGAUUGCAUACAACCAGUUUGUGUAUGCGUACACGUUGGGCAUGGGCGGUGCCGCUUACAAGGGCGACUACGACGUGUUCAACGCUGCUCAGCUGGGCCGUGGUGUGCGUUUCAUUGGUAAUGGCGAGGUGCCUCUGACGAACCAGGUGAGCUUCUGUGACUACGUAUGGGGUUUUAGCAACUGGAAUUCGACGUGGACACGCAACAACGAGAUGAUCGGCCCUGGCAUUCAGCGCAAGGAAGGCGUGCUUCGCUCGCUGGUGUACUUGCAGGUGUCCAUCUCUGGCCAAGCUCUGAUUUUUGUAACACGUACGGCCGGCAGCAACAACUGGUUCUUCGCUGAGAAGCCGUGCAACUUGCUGCUGAUCGCUUUCGUGUUCGCUCAGAUCGUUGCUUCAGUGGUGGGCUGGAUCGGUUUCGGCGGCUACCCGACGGACCGUAUUGCCGUGAUCGGUUGUGGCGGCACCUACACGCUGAUUGCGUGGCUGUGGGCCAUUGUGUGGCAGUUCCCGCUUGACGUGAUCAAGUUUGCGGUGAACUAUAUGCUGACGAAGAACGCGUACUCGAGCAAGGCAUUCACGGAGCGCAUCAACGCUGGUCACCCGACGAUGACGCACUCUGUGGUAACGAACGCGCAGCGUUCAAUCCGUGCCAGCCGCACUGUUUAA